AUAGUUCGAUAUUCGCGAAAGAUCUUUUUAUUCUUUCUACUUUCCAGCUCGCCGAAGUUUGUUACGAAAUUUUAGCGAAUCUGACGAAAUAGAUUAUAAGAUAACCUCGUCUACCUUAACGUCAUAUUGAGUGGAAGUAGCGCAGCAGGAUAUAACGUUUUCGAGCCCCAAAAAGGGAGGAAUAUUGAAUUUUCGGUACGACCUCUAUAUAUUUUUUUCAAUACAGGUUCUGUGUCCAUCAUUUAAAGAGAGUUGGGAUAUUUGUAAUUCAAGAUGUUUGCUGCCAGGGUUGUCCGACUACCGGUGGUUCUUUGCACAUCUGCUUCACAAUCCCUGAAGAGCGUGCAGCAUAAGACUGUUGGGCUAGCUAGAGUGAACCUAGGAGUGAGAGCACAGCAGUAUGCCAACCAGACUAGGCUAGGGGCUAAGAGGGCUGCGAAGACCAGGUCUAUAAAGGAGGUAGUCCAGGCACCUGCUUCAGGCUCUGCUGAUAUGAUAGGCAAGGGUUUGUUGUUGGGUGCUUCAGCUGCAGGCAUCGGUGCUCUGUGUUACUAUGGUCUUGGUCUCUCCAGUGAGGUCGGAGCAAUUGAAAGAGCAGCAAUCUGGCCACAGUAUGUUCGUGACAGGGUGAGAUCAACAUACAUGUACUUUGGAAUGGGGAUAGCAGCUACCACGGCCUCAGCCCUUGCUAUGGCUAGAAACCCAGCUCUCCUUAUGAGAAUUACUCCUAAAUCAUGGGUGGGAGCUCUUGGAGGUAUGGCCGUGAUCAUGGCCUCAGGGAUGGUGACGAUGUCUGUACCCUACACAGAAGGAAUGGGUCUGAAACAACUAGCAUGGAUGGGACACAGUGGUCUCCUAGGGGUUGUUCUAGCUCCCAUAUGCUUCAUGGGUGGACCUCUUCUCAUCAAGGCGGCAUGCUAUACUGCUGGAGUUGUUGGAGGUUUGUCUUGUGUUGCUAUGUGUGCACCCAGUGAUAAAUUCCUCUACAUGGGAGGUGCAUUAGCCAUGGGUCUAGGGGCAGUCUUUGCUGCAUCAGUUGGUAGCAUGUUCCUGUCUCCAGCCACAGCUCUAGGUUCAGGUCUUUAUGCUGUCAGUCUGUAUGGUGGUUUGGUGGUCUUUGGAGGAUUCAUGCUCUAUGAUACACAGAUGAUUAUGAAGAGAGCUGAACUCCAUCCUGUUAAUGCUCAGCGACCUUUUGACCCCAUCAACAGUGCCAUGACCAUCUACAUGGACACCAUCAACAUCUUCAUCCGGAUUGCAUCCAUUCUUGCUGGAGGAGGUGGAGGCAAAAGAAAGUAGAUUCCUUUCUUAUCUUGGAUUUUCAUAUCAAAGAACUUGAAAAGACUAUGAAAGACACUGUUUCAGUGAACCAAUGACAUCGCUAAGGGUCCUUCUAGCAAAGAGUUUUGAUAGAUUGCAACCAAACUUAAACUGAGAUUGAUGACAUAUGGAAAUAGAGAGGUAGGGAUUGAGAGAUAAAUUCAUUCCAAUACAUUGAGUAUCCAAUACUUUGAGUAAAACGCCUUUUCCUUGUGUUACAAAGCAUUCAUGCCUCCACUAGAUACACAUGUUGGCGACAGAACAGUGAUAUCCUUUCAAAGAGACCCAUUGAGCCAUAUGAUCAAUCUCAAUUUGAGAUUGUUCGGAAUCUAUGACAACUUGUCAGGCGGGACCCUAGUGUACAUCAAGAAAGCAAUAUCUGGAAAUGACACAUCAGCAAGCAUUGCGGAUGAAUCACAGAAACAUCAUAGUGAUGCCUACAUUAACACCUGUGGUUAAAGAAUGAGAACCUUAGCUUCAGAAUUCAGAGUUCUUUCAUUUCCAUCAUCUCUGGACUGAGAACAUCGGACACCCUGAAUGUGAACAUUGAGACGGACAGAGACGUCACUGCAGUGACUUUUUUCCAAUUCCGUCAUACAGAGAUCAAUGAUAUAUCAAUCAUUUAUUCUGCUUCAUUCUUUACCAGUCAGAGUGUACUGCAGCCUUAAUAUGGGAGUUGUAGGAAUGAUCUCGUGGCAUUAGCGACUCCAGCAGGUAAAGAAAUGAAUACCUUCCAAAAACAAGUGUAUUUGCUAAAUGUAUGUGGACAAAUGUAUUAAAAUCUUCUAAAGAAAAAAAAAGAAAUUUGAUGAAAAAUAGAAAGUUGAAAACUCUACAUGUUGUGAAUUUAACUAAGUCUAAGCAAAUAAUUGCUGGCAUAACAUACAAUACAGGCACCUUUGUCAAUCAAGAAAAAAUAGACACAUCCUAGUACAUUGUACAAUUGCAAUGUGUGGAAUGAUGUCGUGAAAAAAGGGAAUACAGUAAUACAGGUUUUGAGAAUCAUAGGAAAGUGUUCGUCAGCAAGGUUUAUAAUACAGAUGGACUUUGUCUGCAUCUCCAAAUGGCUUGAAGAAGUCCAAUUGCAAUGGGAAUUAGAGAAUUGUGUAAUCCAUGUUGCAUUGGGGUAGUUCAUUCAGUAGUUACAUAGUACUUGUACUUUCUUUAUAUAUGGAAUUUUAUCACAAAUGCUUAAAACAUUUAUCUUUCCCAUAUAUAAAGAAGGUACAGUUGCCUGCAUGCUAGUGUGUUUCUGAAGUCAAAGUUAUGAUUUUGAUAUUAAAUACUGGUUUGAUAUAUACUAUGCUGAGUGACAUGGAUAGAUUUUGAUAUGUGGGUGUUUCAUAAAGCUGUUCGUAAAGUUACGCACAACUUUACGAACGACUGGAACAUGUUCUUAGGUCAUAAAUCAAUUAUACAGGGAUAUCAUUUAGCAUAAGAAAGGAUCACCAGUUGACCGUAAAGUCAUUCGUAUCUUACAAACAGCUUUAUGAAACACCCACCUGGGUGGUGUUUCAUAAAGCUGUUUGUAAGAUACGAAUGACUUUACGGACAAGUGGAACAUGUUCUUAUACAUAAGUCAACUACAUAGGGAUAUCAUUUACCACAAGAAAGGGUCACCAGUCAUGCGUAAAGUUGUUCGUAACUUACGAACAGCUUUGUGAAACGGGCCCCCGGUCUAUUGCUUCAAUGGGCAAAUGACAGGUCUUGCAUGGUUAUAGGUUAUGUAGGGGGGGGGGGGGUUGUGUUGCACACAUUAUUUCAUAUUAAUCAAUUAUAUAAGUUCAAUGAUUUAUUUAACCUAAGGUCUUAUCAUUAGUAAAUGCCAUUUUCUAAUGGUCUUGCGAUUGAUAUUGAAAACAAUUAGUACUCUUAUUCCUGUAUUAUAGUGAUUGCUAGGGUAUAUUUGAUAAUACAGAGAUGCCAUAUCUCACCAUCACAUAAUUUCAAACUGAAUUCCUGAUCUGUAUUUACAAGUAUAACUAAAGAUACUACAAGGGGAAACGCUCGAUAAAUGCUCAUGGGGAAGGACGCCCACUAGCGUUGAGUAAGUAAUUCUUGGCACAUCGGCACGCUUCUGUGUAUAAAACAUAUGGGAAAAUGAAAGAGGGGAUUUUGGAGAGGGCACAAGGGCGGGGCAUAGGAAUAAUUCCAACUUUAAUACCCAGGAACCUCUAAAAUAUAUUCAUCUCUAAUUUCAUAGAAAAAAGAAUCAAAGAAAAAAAUUCUAAAAUGUAAAAAUCAUCUAUUUCUUCACCCCUUCACCAUUUGUCUCAUAUGUUUUGUACACAACCGUAUCGCGAUACGCAAAGGUAAAAAAAGGUUGUUACUUACUCAACGCUGUAGGGACGCUCUUUCCGAGUGUCCAAUCUUCCCCUUGUAGUAUCUUUGGUAUAACUAAUUACUACAACCCCUUUACCUAACAGAGCUGUUUUUCCCCUUCCUGCCAAGCAAUUAGUAGCAUAGCUAACAUCAUAAUGCAGUGAAAUAAGCUUGUAUUCCACCAUUAUUACAGGAAUUCUAUAAUCAUCCAAGAUGUUAUUUAAAUAUGGAGAAUUGUGUUAAGGGGGACAUGGAUUUAUUUAUGUAAUUUAUGAACAUAUUUCUGCCAUGAAUAUUUUGAUAAAUUUUAUUUUAUUUUCAUUAAAUGAAUAUGAGAAUUGUUUAUGAA